AUGGCGGAGCCCGAUCCCCUGGUGGACCAGGAACUGGAGAGCGAGCCUCGCAGCUGGUCCCUGCUGGAACAGCUGGGCCUCGCGGGGGCGGACUUGGCGGCCCCCGGGGUGCAGCAGCAGCUGGAGCUGGAGCGGGAGCGGCUGCGCCGGGAGAUCCGCAAGGAGCUGAAGCUGAAGGAGGGGGCCGAGAACCUGCGGCGGGCCACCACCGACCUGGGCCGCAGCCUGGGCCCCUUGGAGCUGCUGCUGCGAGGCUCCUCGCGCCGCCUGGACCUGCUGCACCAGCAGCUGCAGGAGCUGCAUGCCCACGUGGUGCUGCCCGACCCCGCCGCCGCUGCCCACGAUGACCCCCAGUCUCCGGGUGCGGGCAGCACAGCCUGCCUGGCCACCAACCUGAGCCGUGUGGCUGGCCUGGAGAAGCAGCUGGCCAUCGAGCUGAAGGUGAAGCAGGGGGCAGAGAACAUGAUCCAGACGUACAGUCACGGCAGCACCAAGGACCGGAAGCUGCUGCUGACAGCCCAGCAGAUGCUGCAGGACAGUAAGACCAAGAUCGACAUCAUCCGGAUGCAGCUCCGCCGGGCCCUGCAGGCCGGCCAGCUGGAGAGCCAGGCCGCCCCGGACGAGGCCCAAGGGGAUCCGGACCUGGGGGCCGUGGAGCUGCGCAUCGAGGAGCUGAGGCACCACUUCCGCGUGGAGCACGCGGUGGCAGAGGGCGCCAAGAAUGUGCUGCGCCUCCUCAGUGCUGCCAAGGCCCCAGACCGCAAGGCCGUCAGCGAGGCCCAGGAGAAGCUAACCGAGUCCAACCAGAAGUUGGGGCUGCUGCGGGAGGCACUGGAGCGGCGCCUCGGGGAGCUGCCCGCGGACCACCCCAAGGGAAGGCUCCUGCGGGAGGAGCUCGCUGCAGCCUCGUCUGCAGCCUUCAGCGUCCGCCUGGCCGGACCGUUCCCCGCCACGCACUAUAGCACCCUGUGCAAGCCAGCGCCGCUCACAGGAACACUGGAGGUGCGUGUGGUGGGCUGCCAAGACCUCCCAGAGACCAUCCCCUGGAAUCCCUCACCCUCAGCGGGAGGACCUGGGGCCUCCGACAGCCGCACCCCCUUCCUGAGCCGCCCAACCCGGGGGCUUUACAGCCGGAGUGGAAGCCUCAGCGGUCGGAGCAGCCUCAAAGCAGAAGCCGAAAACACCAGUGACGUCAGCACUGUGCUCAAGCUUGAUAACACAGUAGUGGGGCAGACAUCCUGGAAGCCAUGUGGCCCCAAUGCUUGGGACCAGAACUUCACCAUGAAGGUGAUGAACCCUCACAUCCCGUAUGCCCAGGUCAAAUUCCGGAAUCCUGUCAUUGAAAGGAUCCCCCGACUCCGGAGGCAGAAGAAAAUCUUCUCGAAGCAGCAAGGGAAGGCAUUCCAGCGCGCCAGACAGAUGAACAUUGAUGUGGCCACGUGGGUGAGGCUGCUCCGGAGAUUCAUCCCCAAUGCCACGGCCACGGGCACCUUCAGCCCUGGACCUUCACCAGGAUCGGAGGCCCGGCCCACAGGUGACAUCUCUGUAGAGAAACUGAACCUUGGAGCCACCUCAGACAGCUCUCCCCAGAAGAGCCCGCUGGAGCCUCCUUCCAGCCCAUCAAGCCUGAGUUCACAGAUCCAAGAACUGCCCCCAACUCCUGAGAUGCCUUCGGAGACCCAGGAGACCCCAGGCCCUGCCUUGUGCAGCCCUCUGAGGAAGUCACCCCUGACCCUCGAGGAUUUCAAGUUCCUGGCAGUGCUGGGCCGGGGUCACUUUGGGAAGGUGCUGCUCUCCGAAUUCCGGCCCAGUGGGGAGCUUUUUGCCAUUAAGGCUUUGAAGAAAGGGGACAUUGUGGCCCGAGACGAGGUGGAGAGCCUUAUGUGUGAGAAGCGGAUCUUGGCGGCCGUGACCAGGGCGGGGCACCCGUUCCUGGUGAACCUGUUUGGCUGUUUCCAGACGCCGGAGCACGUGUGCUUCGUGAUGGAGUACUCGGCCGGCGGGGACCUGAUGCUGCACAUCCACAGUGACGUGUUCUCAGAGCCCCGCGCCAUUUUCUAUUCCGCCUGUGUGGUGCUGGGACUGCAGUUUCUCCAUGAACACAAGAUCGUUUACAGGGACCUGAAGUUGGACAAUUUGCUCCUGGACACAGAGGGCUAUGUCAAGAUCGCAGACUUUGGCCUCUGCAAGGAGGGGAUGGGCUAUGGGGACCGGACCAGCACAUUUUGUGGGACCCCCGAGUUCCUGGCGCCUGAGGUGCUGACAGACACAUCGUACACUCGGGCCGUGGACUGGUGGGGGCUGGGCGUGCUGCUCUACGAGAUGCUGGUUGGAGAGUCCCCGUUCCCAGGGGACGAUGAGGAGGAGGUUUUCGACAGCAUCGUCAACGAUGAAGUUCGCUACCCCCGCUUCCUGUCUGCUGAAGCCAUUGGCAUCAUGAGAAGGCUGCUGCGACGGAAUCCAGAGCGGAGGCUGGGGUCGAGUGAGAGGGAUGCUGAGGAUGUGAAAAAACAGCCCUUCUUCAGGACACUGGGCUGGGAUGCCCUGCUGGCCCGGCGCCUGCCACCGCCCUUCGUGCCCACGCUCGCGGGCCGCACGGAUGUCAGCAACUUCGACGAGGAGUUCACCGGGGAGGCGCCCACGCUGAGCCCACCCCGGGACGCUCGGCCCCUCACGGCCACGGAGCAGGCAGCCUUCCGGGACUUCGACUUUGUGGCGGGGGCUGCCAAGCCCUCCCCUCCGCUCCCCCACCGAGCUCUUUAG